AUGGACUCGAAAGCGGAGGCCGAGGUCAGCUACAGCCAAUUUGCGUGUGUCGGGACCGGCUUCUCGGCCAUCGCCCUGGGGGCAACGCUCAGGAGGUGGUACGACAUCGAGGACAUCGUGUUCUUCGAGCAGCAUGGCCAGCUGGGGGGCACCUGGUUCAUCAACCAGUAUCCAGGAUGUGCCUGCGACGUGCCCAGCGCGCUGUACAGCUUUUCCUUCGAGCCCAACCCGGCAUGGAGCCGUGUGCUGCCGUCGAGCGGCGAGCUCUGGGCCUACCUCGACGGCGUGGCGCUCAACUACGACCUGAAACGGAGGAUGAGCUUCGGCAUGCGCGUCGACAAGUGCGAGUGGCUCGAGCCGGCGGGACGCUGGCGCAUGACGAUCUGCCAUCUCAAGACGGGCACGAUCCUGACGCACGAGUGCCAGUUCCUCUUCUGCGCGACGGGCCAGCUGGUGCAGCCGCGGGAGCUCGACGUGCCCGGGCGCGAGAGGUUCAGGGGGGACAUGUUCCACACGGCGCGGUGGCGCGCGGACGUCUCCCUGCGCGACAAGAAGGUCGUGCUGUUCGGCAACGGCUGCACGGCCGCGCAGGUGGUGCCGGCAAUCGUGGGCUCGACCAGGAGCCUGACGCAGUUUGUGCGCGCGAAGCACUGGAUCCUGCCGCCCAUCGACCGCGAAGUGCCCGGCUGGGCGCACGCCCUGCUGCGCCGGCUGCCGGGGCUGAUGGGCCUGCAGCGGCUCCUCGUCUUCCUGGGCGCCGAGCACACGCUGCGCGGAUUCCCGCUGACCGACGCGGCGGCGCGGUUCCGCCACGCCCAGCGCGUCAAGGCAGAGCGGUACAUGCGCGCCGCCGCGCCGCAGAGGUACCACGACCUGCUGAUCCCGGACUUCGAGGUCGGGUGUAAGCGCAGGAUCUUCGACGCAGGAUACCUCGCCAGCCUGCACGACGAGAGGCUCACGCUGACGGACGAGCGGCCGCUGGAGAUGGUGCCCGAGGGCGUCCGCACGGCGAGCGGCGUCGUCGAGGCCGACGUCGUCGUGCUGGCCAACGGGUUCGUCACCAACGAGUUCCUCAUCGGCAUGGACGUGCGCGGCGUCGGCGGCGAGACGCUGCAGCAGCACUGGCGGCAGGCCUUCGGCGGACCCGAGGCGUACAACUGCUCCGUGCUGAGCGGCUUCCCCAACAUGUUCAUCCUGCUGGGGCCCAACGCCGCCACUGGCCACACGUCUGCCGUCAUGGCCGCCGAGAACUCGGUCAACUACGCCCUGAGGGUCAUCAGGCCCGUGCUCGAGGGCAGCGCCAGCGUCGCGUGCCUGCGCGGGGAGGCCGAGAAGCGGUAUAGCGACCGCAUGCAGGCGGCGCUGCGCAGCACUGUCUGGAACUCGGGCUGCCAGAGCUGGUACGUUAGGAAGGCCGACGACGACGACGGCCAGACCUGGAAUGCCAUGAGCUAUCCGUGGUCCCAGGCCCAUUUCUGGUACCGUAGCGUCUUUCCUGUCUGGUCGGACUGGGAAUAUCGGGUGCGUUGCUUGUCUCUCCCCCCCUCCCCCCCCCUCUCCCCGGGGGGACCGCAGACAUAGUUGCUCACAUGUCUGUCAGGGCCGCGUCGGCAAGAACACAUUGACCAAGAGAUCUUCUUGGUCUGGAAACAUCCUGGGUAGCGUUGCUGCGCUUGUGGCUGUGGCUGGCAUCGCGUGGUUGUUCUCAGGGCGUGGGCGCGGUGGCCGGGGCUUCACGACGACAUCGGGCAUGUCUGCCCCCCUUGCCCGCGCCUUGGCUCUGCUGGACGACCUGCGGACCGCCCUGCCGGGGUGGACUGAUUGAGACCAUGGCAUAGAUAGACACAACGGAGAGAGCGGGAUGCCGAG